AUGCAUCGUCUUUUUGCUGAGCUGGAGCCAUCUUUAACCGUCACAGAGCAAAACCUGGCAGACCGAGUUCGGUAUAUCUUGCGCUCAAAUAUAUUUGAUGUCGCCGAACUCGAACGGCUACGACGUGAGGCUGUUCCCUCGUCGGAUGAGAAUGCUACGGCUGAGGAUGCGGCGCCACAAAUGGUAGAGCAACCCGCAAACGUGGAUGCCGCCGUGAAUACCCCAGUUGUGGUUGAUUCAAACGAUGAUGGAACAGUCGCCCAGGAACUGGAAUUAGAGCAUAUGAGGAGUACAUUGGAAGAGGCGAUUGUGGAAACGCGCAGUACGCCUCUCGAAAAUCGACUGCGACUUCCCCGCAUAGCCCUAAGCAAGCGGAAUCGGGCUGUCGUGAGGGCUCUGAACCCAAUGCUGGUGACCUAUUUGGAAGCCAGCCGGGACCUUUGCGAGACGGACUCAAUUCUUUUUGGCGCCGCGCUGGCAGUCUGCCGUAUCAUAGGCGCCAAGGUUUCCACGGCUGGACGCGCUACUGGCCAUAGUAGCGCUAUCCCAGCAUGGAGAAGAAGAAUUGAGGAACGUAUCGCAAAGGCUAGAGCUCUCAUCGGCAGACUGAUAUGCUUCAGAUCAGGCAACAACAGGCCAAGAAUUGUGCGCACCUUCAGGAUGGCGUUUGCUGGGACAAAUGUCAGUUUGUCCCAGCCGGAUAUAACGCAAAAACUGACGGAGCGCAUAGAUGAUCUGAAGCAGAGAAUCGCUGCUUGGGGAAAACGGAUUCGGCGAUAUACCGAGAGGUCGACACGGUUCAACCAGAAUCGUCUCUUCCAGAGUGAUCAGAAGAGGCUCUAUGAAUCUUUGGAGCGACCAAUGGUAAGUGGAACGGGUCCAGCACCGAAUCAGGCCGACACUGUAGCAUUCUGGCGCGGCCUGUGGUCAGAGCCCGUAAACCACAGCGAGGGCCCUUGGACGGAAGUUGUGGCGAGUCAGUGUGCGGGUAUUACGCCCAUGGACCCCGUCAUCACAACGCCGGAUGACGUAGCUGAGGCGGUCCGUAGGGCCCCGAACUGGAAAAGUCCGGGGCUUGACGGGCUGCAUCACUACUGGCUGAAGGGGUUCAUGGUGUGUCACUCUGUGCUUGCCCGACAGUUUCAAGAGGCUCUCAACCAGAAGUCGCUCCCAAGCCUCUUCACUACUGGAAUCACUCAUUUGGUUCCUAAAGACCAGGGGCCGCUGCCUGGGGGUCGCCGGGGCGCGUCUGGAGCUGGCGCUGGACGCGGCAGCAUGCGGGCCGCCAGCCGAGCGCGAGGAGCUGCAAGAUCACCUAACAGCCCCCCGCAUCCAUCAUCCCCACCAGACGGCUUGAUGUCGGCAGGGUCCUCUCGGACUCGGCAAGCGGCAUCCGCCGCUGGUGGAAGUGCGCCGCAUGCGUUGGACAAGGGAUAUGAACGCAAACGCAUUGCGGGCGUACUAAGGGCGAAAUGGGAAGAAAGUGCGGGGAUAGCGUAUCGGACUCGGAUGCAUUGCUUUUUUGCUGAGCUGGAGCCGUCUAUUCCCGUCACGGAACAAAAACUGGCAGACCGAGUUCGGUACAUCAUGCGCUCGAAAAUAUUCGAUGAUGCCGAGCUCGAACGACUACGACGUGAGGCCAUUCCCUCAUCGAAUGAAUUGGCUACGGCUGGGGAUGAGGCUCCUCAGGCGACAGACCAGCUGCCACGCGUAGAAGCCGCCAUGGAUCUUCCAGUUGUGGGUGAUUCAGACGAUGAUGAAAUGGUCUCCCACGAACUAGAGCAAAUGAGGAGUAUAUUGGAAGAGGCGAUUUUGGAAACGCGCAGCAUGCCUCUCGAAAAUCGACCGCGACUUCCCCGCAUACCCCUAAGCAAGCGAAAUCGGGCUGUCGUGAGGGCUCUUAACCCAAUGCUGGUAACGGAUUUGGACGCCAGCCGGGACCUUUGCGAGACGGACUAA